AUGGUCUCCAAAGUUGCAGUAGUGACUGGAUCAAACCAAGGUAUAGGAUUCGGAAUCGUUAAAGAAUUAUGCAGACGAAAUGUCGAGAUUGUAUACUUAACGUCUAGAGACGAAGAACGCGGAAGAAAAGCAGUUAAGUCCUUGGAAAAUUCUGGUUUUUAUCCAAAAUUCCAUCAGCUCGAUGUCACUGAUGAAACUAGCGUAGAGGUAUUCGCUGAUUUCAUAAAGGAAAAGCAUGGAGGCGUGGAUAUUCUUAUCAACAAUGCAGGUUUCCUCGAUCCUGACUUCUAUAAGACCACAUACGAAGAUGCAAAGAAAGUAAUCGAUGUUAACUUCUAUGGUAUUGUUCUAAUGCAGAAAUAUUUCUUCCCAAUUCUCAGAGAUUCUGUGGAAGAUGGAACGUUAAAAGAAGAGGAUUUUAUUGAGAAUUCUGUCAUAGCAUACAGGGUCUCGAAAGUAGCUGUUUCAGCUUUAACAAGAGUUCAACAGAAACAAGUGGGUAGAGGAAUUUCUAUUAAUCAUUUGAAUCCAGGAUUUGUUAGAACAAAUAUGACAAGAGGCGGCGGUGAUAUGACUGUAGAUGAAGCAGGAUUGACUCCAGCGUAUCUCGCUCUGGAUAUAGACCAGUCAGUUAAAGGCAAAUACUUUUGGUUUGAUAAAACUGAAGUUGACUGGGCUGAUUUCACUUUAAACAUAGUUGAUACCUUUGAGGCAUUUGAAAAAGCAUUAGAUGAAGUGAAAAAUAAUUAA